AUGUAACAGGUCACUGACACACGUGCUGAAAUUCGGAUAAAUGGACUACGAGAAAAAAGGGGCGUGAGCUAGCAUUUACAUAGUUACGUUCUGGGAGUAUAGAAGUAUAGGACUAUUGUCAGCGAACUCGGUGGAUAUAUGCAUAAGUAUUUAAAAUCAAUACUACGGUCCAUUGUGGGAACUACACUUGAAUGAGAGAAAGAAAAAGACGAUUGGUUCAUUUCUGGAUCUGUGCACUAACGAAUAGGCACUAUGACGGAACUUAUGACUACAGGGCUGGACCUCCACUCCGACCCCUCAGCGGAUCCCAUCAUGGACAUUAUUGCAGGGGGCACUCGUUACAAGAUAAUGAUGCAGUGCUUAGAGAUUGGUUUGUUUGACGAAAUUGAGUCACUAGGAGAAGCUUGCACUGCAGAAUCCAUUGCAAAGAAGUGCGGAUAUGACGUCGCUGUUUCAGAGCGGUUGCUAAGCACUCUUGCAAGUUACAACCUGUUACAAAAGGAUUGCAACAGAAAAGGUUCGCCAUCCUACAGGAACUCUCCGGGGACGUCUAAAUACCUGACUCGGUCCCGUCGACCCACAAUGAUCGGGCUCGCAAUGUCUGUCGACACCAUGAUCUUACCACUACUUGAUAAUCUACCAAUGCUUUUGAAAUCAGGUAAAGGUAAACUUGACAUAAAUAAAAAUGUGGCUGACAAUGGAAACAUAAUGAUGUCUUCACCCAAUCACCAAAAGGCUCCCAACAACAUCAUGGAUAAAGAAAACAACAUGGGUCCAGGCUCACCCAUCAAACAGAACACCCCGACCAUGCCACAUAUACCCAAAAUGCCCUGCAUGCCAAAAAUGCCUCCAAACUCCAAGAUGCCCAUGGAGAAGAAUGGUAUGGAGUAUCAAGCGAAAUUCCUUAUGGCAAUGGAAGGGUUUUCAGCCACGUGCGCUUCGGCCAUGGUGAAGGCAUUUGACCUCAGGCAGCAUAGAUCGGCAGUAGAUUUGGGAGGCGCCACGGGCAGAAUCUCAUAUGAACUGGCAAAUACUUAUCCUCACAUGAAGGUCACAGUCUUUGACCUUCCACCUGUCAUCCAAAUUGCUCAGAAAAUGCAGAAUCCGUGUUCUCAGGGACAGGUCUUUUUCAAGGCUGGAAACUUCUUCGAAGAUGAUAUACCAUCAGCUGACCUGUAUCUUUUGGGUCACAUUAUUCAUGGUUUUGACCUUAAAGGGAUCGACAAACUUCUCCAGAAGGUGUACUCUAAGCUUCCCCCGGGUGGAUCAGUGUUAGUAAUGGAAAAGAUCCUUGCUGAGAAUCGCACAGAACCGGAGCUUGCCGUUACCAAUGAUUUUGUGAUGACCCUUCUAUCACAGGGCCAAGAGAGAACCCUAUCCGAUUAUCAGAAACUAUUUGCCAAACAUGGCUUCGUUAAUGUGCAAUUUACACACAUAGAUGGUCUUAACUAUUAUGAUGUCAUGCUCCUAAAGAAGCCAUUUUAGGUUCUCGAAACAUCAUUGACCACAAGUAUAGAGACUUCUAAUUCAAUCAGACAUUUUUCAGCAGAUCUGCUCUUUGUGCUGUUUGACAUGAUGGUACAGGGAUGAAAUUCAUGAAUCAUCUCUUGCGAUUUGCGGGCCCAGUAGUUCUUGCUAAUCACAGCAGGUUGAUGAGGGUUUUUUAAGAGAAAGACAAAGAGACCUGUUUAACUAAAAAUCUUCAAUCUUACAAGAUGGCGUCCGUAUUAUUGUGUCAAUGACAUUUUAUUUGAAACUUCUAAACUUUUUUAUUCUUGCAUAUUUUUGCACUUUUGUUUCAUUGUAUGUGUAGGGCAGGUAUUUUGUGACAUUGCAGGGCCUGAAAUGUAAUAUGUUGUAAACACAGUCACAGAUCUCCAGUCACGGCUAUGUAACUUACAAAGUAAUUAUUACAAAAGGUUUAAUCUGAACACCAGCAAAUCACGCACCCUAGGGUUUGGGUUUCCAACAAUCAGGUGUAGAAGCAUUUAAAGACACGUUUUCUGACCCUUAAAAAACCCCGAAAUAACGUUUGAAUUUUUACGAUGUUUUAUUUUUUUCUAUAGUCAUCCAUUGGAUGUGGUAAAAAUUUAGUAGGCUACAUUUUCUAAAUAGAGGACACAACCCAACCGGGCGAUCGAAGUCAGCUGUUUGAAUCUCAUUACCAUAAAAUCAAAAUAUUUUGUUGUUUUAGCAGCAGAUUGUAUUCUGAACUCAGUAUUUGAAAAGCAAUGUGUUUCCCUCAAAUGGCAACAAUUUGUGUGUUUCAAUUUCAUUAUCAUAAUGUUUUAUUUUGAAUAUUGUGAUAUUGUCAGUGUUAUGUAUAUUUUUGAUCUAUAUGAUGGCGUUUUGUACUGUAAAUAAUUAUAUUCCAUGGACGCCAUGAAAGCAUGUUAGAUCGGAGGAUGUAAAUAUGAAUUCCUUCAACUUGAUUUUGUCAUACUCAUUAUCAUAUAACCUCUGUUAAAUGUUAUAUGGACCAAUUGUAUCUUUGAUUCUAACGUAGUUUACUGUUUUGUUAAUUAUUUAUAUGACUACUUGAAUUGUUUUAAAUUUAUUGUUAUUAUUAUUUAAUAAUAAACUGACCUAUAUCCUGAUAGAAAUUAUAAA